UUUUUACUUUAGGUGCAAAGAACUUUGUAACUUUGAAUGUGAACUUUUCUUUUGUUUCCUAAAAAAAAAAAUAAAGCAAUAAUAAAUACGGAGAGUUAUUUAAUUCUAAGCAGUAUACCUUUAACAACUCACUUUUAUCUCAGACUUUUCCCUCAGUCCCUUAUUGUGAAGCUUCCCUAUUACUAGUUCAGCCAAUCCCGUCUCUGUGUGUUGCAGCUUCUGCCCCUCCCCUUCCAAGUGAAGCCAGGCUGGGACACAGGCAGAAUAAAGGGUGGCCAUGGGUGUCUUUGAAGAUUGUGUGUUCUUCCUUAGAGUCGAUAAUUUACCCAUUGAAGAGAAGGGAACAUUGCACAGCUCAAUAACUUCAAAUGGAGGUGUUAUAUCCCUUAUGCUGAAUCACCAGUGCACUCAUGUGUUGGUGGAUACCACUGGCUCUCUAAGUGAUUCCCAACUGAAAACUGUCCAGAAGCAUCAGAUUCUCAUCGUGGAUGUUGAUUUUGUGCGGGAAUGUUUAGGAAAGCAAAGACUGAUACAAGAUUAUCAAUAUCCAAAGGACGUGCCACCACCAGAACACAGGAAUAUUAUGCACCCUAUCAAGACAAAUGAAUUACUGGACAGCGACGACAACGAAAAUAACAUUGAUGACUUUCCAGAUACUGAAGUGGCAAAAUACAGUUUCCUUCAAAAAGGGCCACAAGUGGCUGUUUUGGUGCUGUUGUGCCUUCCAGAAUCAUCAUCAACAUCUUUCUCAUUCAAAAUAUCUACAAUAAUCUGCCAUUCCAAUGGAUCUGAGAGUGACCGCUGCUUUCAGUUCGCAGACAAUGCUGAGUUAGCUUGUCAGAAGUAUGAGAAAAGCAUCAAAGAAUUAAAAAAGGACGGCUACCAUACAGUAAAAAGCAUUCCAGCUGAUAUUGUCCAGUUCCUAUCAGGGACACUGCAGAAGGUGUUAGUUGAAGACAACAUAAUUCAGCCCAAACUCUCUCUGGAUGUCAGGUAUUUUGUGGAAAUGGUUUGGACCGAGGCUCUCAGUUACUUAGACAAGAUUCUGUCUCGUCCAGUAAACAGCAUCAGUCUCAAUGACGUAAGCAAAGCGGAGGGAGUUCUAUUCUGGGUUGGAAAAGCACUGGACACAGGAACAGAUCCUGCUGAAAUAAAGAAAGCAAUGGCUGAGUUUUAUCAGCUCAUUCCCCAUAAUGAACCCAUGCAGGUCAAUAUUGAUGUGAAGCUUUUGUCAACAAAACAGGAUUUGUGCCAGAUUAUUCGAGACAUUGUGAAUGUGUGUGAGAUAAACUUUGGAGAUCUGAACCCAAGCAGCUUUGCAAAGUACCGUGCCCUGCAAUGCAGAAUAGAGCACAUUGAUCCUGAGUCUGAGGAGUUCCUUCAGGUGUCACAGCAAAUUCUGAAGAACCAGCGCAGUGAAGAAUCGAUUAAUAUAAUAAAAAUAUUCCGCGUUUCAAAAUUAAGUGAAGCCACAGAAUUCCAAAGGAAUCUUGGGAAUGUCAAGUCCCUUUUUCAUGCUUCCUCGCCUCACAGUUUUGUUGGAAUACUUUCCCGCGGGCUGCUAUUGCCAAAAUGUGUUGAAGAUGAUUUGGGUUUAGUGAGAGGCGAUGCAGGAAAUCUUGGAAGUGGAAUUUAUUUCAGAGAUUCCAUAAGCACAAGUGUUAAAUAUGCAGAACCCGCUGUAACCAAUGGGGCGCGUCUGAUCAUGGUCUGUGAUGUGGCUCUCGGUAACUGCAAGGAUGUCUGCAAGACGGACUCUUGUUUAACUGCAGCUCCAAGUGGCUUUCACAGUGUUCAUGGUGUCCGGCAAAUUCCAGGCACAGAAUCUGAUUUUGAGGAUAAUGAGUUUGUGGUGUAUAAGAAGGAUCAAGUGAGAAUGAGAUAUGUGGUUCAGUUCUGCACUGAUAAAGACACCGUGAACAUGGAACACAAUCAGGUUUUUAUGCAGCUGGAGAACAUGGAGGAAGAUAUUGAAAGAGAACAGAUACAGCCAGAUGAUGAUGAUGAUGAUGGAGAAGUACAAGCAGAUGAUAAAUCAGAGAGUGAAAGGGAGUGGAGAGUGGAACCUUGGAAGAAAAUAAAACGUGGUCUUCAGAGCAUUGAUGGCAAGCAGAUUCCUCUGGAUAGUGUUCAUGUAAAAGGCAAAAUAAUAGAUAUCGCUGCAGAGGUUACGCUUUUCCAGACAUAUGUAAGUCAUUCUACGGACCCCAUAGAGGCUAAAUAUGUUUUUCCACUGGACAGCAAUGCAACUGUAUGUGGAUUUGAAGCAUUUAUAAAUGGAAGACACUUUAUAGGAGAGGUUAAAGAAAAGGAGCAAGCGAAUGAGGAGUACAGGGCAGCUAUCAGCGAGGGACAUGGUGUUAACUUUAUAGAAGAGGAGGCUGCUGAGAUCUUUACAAUGAGUCUUGGAACUUUGCCUCCAGAAGCCACGGUCAUCAUAAAAGUCACCUACAUAACGAUGCUGAGUCAACAGAAUGAUAUUCCUCCUUUAGAAUUCUGCAUUCCGUCUGAAGUAGCCUCUUGGGAAUCGGAUGAUGCUUUGAAAGAAGACACAGAGGAUGCAAAAGAAGAAGAGGACGAAAAAGAAAAAGAGGUUGAAAAAGAAGAGGAUGAAAAAGAAGAGGGUAAAAAAGAAGAUGAAGACCAAGAUGAUGAAGAAGGGUAUGAAGAUGAAGAAGAUGAGGUUGAGGAAAGCUUUGUGCCAGAAGGUUGUUUCUCUCUCGAGCUUUCUAUUGAGAUGCCUUGCAAAAUUGAAUCUAUUAAAAGUGAAACACACUUAAUUAAAUUGAAACAAACUGAAUGCAAAGCUGUGGUCACAACAUCAAAAGACAGUGAUAUGAACUAUCAAGGCUUUAAUCUGGAAAUCACAUUGGAAGACAUUUCCUUUCCUAGACUGUGGGUUGAAAAACACCCAGAACAGGACAGUGAGGCAUGCAUGCUGGUAUAUCGCUCCAAUCUGAAAUGUACAUUUGAUGAGUGGAAUGUGACAAUUUGUCUUGAUUGCUCCAAUUCUAUGGAACCCUGUUUUGAAAGUGCAAAGGAUAUCGCUCUGGGAGCAAUUGAUUAUUUUGUGUAUACACAACACAAGCUAAAUGUAGUCCUUUUUGGUACAAAUUAUAAAGAAUUGUAUGCCUAUACAAAUCCAGACUGGUGGAAUGACAGAGCUAAAGUGCGCAGGUUUAUCAAAUUGGCAAAGCCAAACAUGGGGAGCACAGAGCUGUGGAAGCCUUUGCAGGCUUUACAUUUGCUGCCUCCAUCCACUGGAAUGCAUAAAAUCUUUCUUAUAUCAGAUGGACACAUACAGAAUGAGAGUCUUGUCUUUAAAAUCCUGAACCAGAAUGCUGGGAAAAUGUGUAUAUACGGCUGUGCUGUUGGUGCAACAGCAAAUAAACACAUAAUGAGGUCUUUGUCACAACAAAGUCACGGUUUGUGUGAAUAUUUUGAAGACCCUUCCACCUUGAAAGGAAAGGCAGAACUUCACGCAGACAAACUAUGGUCUCCUUCAUGCUGGGAUAUUUCUGUGAAGUGGCAGCAAGCUAAUGAAAACUACACAGAACCAAUACAAGCUCCAACACAUAUUCCCACUUUGUUCCCUUAUACGCACCUCCUAGUGUGUGCAUUUGUUCCUGAUUGCACUCAGGUGAUAUUUAAAGCUUUAUUUAAAGAUCAUGAACUUGACACUGUGGUCUCAGCUACUGAAUUACAGAAAACGACAGGAACGUUGCUUCACAGAAUGACAGCCAGAGCCAUUAUUAGGGAUUAUGAGGAUGAAAUCCUUCACUUAAACAAAUACAAGCAUGAGAUGAAAAAGCAACUAUUAAAACCCCUUAUUAUUGGGCUAAGCAAGAAGUACGCAAUUGUCAGUCAAUUUACAAGCUUUGUUGCUGGAGAAAAACAAGAGGAGCAGAGAAAUCAGGAGAACUGGCUACAGAAAGUGCUUGAAAUGAUUUCAGCACUAAAUGUUGACAUUUUACCACACAUGGACUGGGAUACUAAAAAACAGAAAACUCCUUGGCGCAAAACUACGAAAUAUAAAAAUAUGAUGCAGAAAGGCAGUAGCUGUCGAGCCGAUGAGGAAAGACCUGGCAGUUGUAACCACAGUUCUGAUGGUGAAGAAGGAUCUGAUUCAGUGACUCCUAAUACCGAGACGAAAAAGUCUGCUACACAGGCAUCAUUGCUUCUCUCUAGCAGCUGCUUAACUGCACAUGAAGAUCCCACAGCACCACAGACUUCCUCAUUGUCCCACAAAGAAAGAAAAUGUCCAUCUUUUUCCUCACUGUCUGCUCUACAGUGUGAGAAGGGAUACUGGCAGCUGAAUGAAGCUCUCGGAUCUUUGAUAAACAUCAAUGUCAACUACUUGCUCAAUAAUUUUUUAGUAAAAAAUGGUAUCCAGUCCCUUGGGAGCAAAGGAAAAGAGGAGAUUCCAAAACUCAUUGCCACAUUAUUGGUGCUGCAAGUAAUCCGCACUAAUAACUUGCAGGGCAUAAAAUGUAAGACUUUGAUGUCGCUGGAUGAAUCUUCCUGCACCAGCCAUUUCCAGCAGACAACUGAGAAAGCCAUGGAAUGGGUGAAAAAGAGAGACAAUCAGUAUCCUGGCAUCUGUUAUCGACUCGGCUUGGGCAAAGACUGGGAAUCUGCCACCCGGAAGUUAUUGUCCAUUGAUCCAGUGGAUCCUUCCUCUGAUCUUUAUCCUGCUCUGUCCAGUGACACAACCAACAUUUAACUCAAAUCAUUGUUACUGUUUGGGGUAGAACUGGACAGAAUAAUGUGAGUGGGAUGAGUAGGUGCCACAUCCAGUAGCCUAUACUUAACUCAUAAUCAGAAACAUAAAUAAAUAUAUAAAAAGAA